CCUGUCUGGGCUUGUUUAAACGUCCUCGCUGUUUGGCAGGUGACUGCGUGAAGCUGACCGUGCAGGAUCACGGACUGCGAGGCCUGUACCGAGGACUCAGCUCGCUGCUCUAUGGCUCCAUCCCCAAGUCGGCAGUCAGAUUUGGCACCUUCGAGAUCCUCAGCAACCCAAUGCGAGAUGCCACGGGCCGACUGGACAACACGCGGAGCCUCCUGUGUGGCUUGGGGGCAGGUAUUACCGAGGCUAUCGUCAUUGUGUGUCCCAUGGAGACGCUCAAGGUGAAAAUGAUUCACGACCAGUGCUCGAUGAGGCCUCGCUAUCGAGGUUUCUUUCACGGCGUCAGCGAGAUCAUCAGAGAACAAGGUGUCCGGGGGACCUAUCAAGGUCUGACGGCGACCGUGCUUAAGCAGGGAACCAAUCAGGCCAUCCGGUUUUACGUGAUGAAUGCGCUACGUAAUUGGUACAAAGGUGACGAUCCCAGAAAGGAAAUGCACCCAAUCGUCACGGCCAUGUUCGGAGCCACGGCGGGGGCCGCCAGCGUCUUCGGCAACACACCUCUUGAUGUGGUCAAGACCAGAAUGCAGGGUCUGGAUGCCCAUCGCUACAAGAACACGGUGGACUGCGCCUUCCAGAUCCUCAAGCAGGAAGGACCGCAAGCGUUCUACAAGGGGACCGUUCCCCGGCUGGGCCGAGUGUGCUUGGAUGUGGCUAUCGUCUUUGUCAUCUACGAGGAGGUGGUCAAGUUGCUCAACAACGUAUGGAAGACCCAAUAGGAGGACCAGUGAGGACUCCCAUAAAACAAGACAGGCAAGGCCUUCCAGAAACCACCGGACAUUUCCACAUGUCAUUUUUGGAAGCUUGGAGGACUGACUGAUGAAGAGCAAGAAAGGGGGAAAAAAAGGCCAA